GUCGAUUUACAUGAAAGCAAACUCCUUAAAAGUAUUUUGACAUGGUGAAGGAGCUCAGUUUCUAGCGCCCAGAAUAGGAAGGGGCAGCCGAUCGAUAUUCCAUAUACUGCACUGAAAAGAUCCAACACAGUGAGCCAGCGUUGAGCUUGUCGUGGAAAGGGGAGAAAAUAAGAUGGCGCUAAGCGUCGCGCGAUCCCUGGUGGGGAGUGCCGUAAACAAGGCGGCCUCCGAGGCCAUGGAUGAGAUGGCAUUGCUCAUGGGAGUGAGGAAUGAAAUAUGGUACAUCAAAGACGAGCUAAGAAUAAUGCAAGCUUUCUUGAGAACUGCUGAAAGGAUGAAGGGUAGAGAUGAGCUUGUCAAAGUUUGGGCGGAGCAAGUAGAGGAUCUAUCCUAUGACAUUAAACAUUGCUUGGACGAGUUCCAGGUUAAUUUGGGACACCCAGGUUGCUUGCAACGACUCACGAAGCUUAGAGACCGCCAUGAAAUUGCUGUCCAGAUUCGCAGCCUGAAAGUAAGAGUUGGAGAAGUAAGCAACAGGAUGCAACGCUACAGUCAUUUAAUGAAGCCCAUUACCUCAGAUAGCAUGGAUGAGGGGAAAUUAUACAAGGAGGAGACCAAUUCUGACAUGGAAGGCAUCCACAGUUAUUCCCAUAGUCUUGAUGAAGCGGAACUUGUGGGCUUUUCAAAGCCUAAACAGGAGUUGAUUAUGCUGAUGGAUGUCAACGCCAAACAUGGUCCAGCCAAUGUGAUAUGUGUUGUUGGCAUGUGUGGUGUAGGCAAGACUACUCUUGCAACCAAGAUCUAUGAAAGUGAUGUUGCGAAUAAAUUUUCUUCAUGUGCUUGGAUCACAAUCUCGCAGCCAUUUUGCAGGAUUGAGUUUCUUAAAGAUAUGUUCAAAAAACUUCUCGGUGAUGAAGCAUUGAUGAAGCAACUUGAAGGGAAGGUGAUGCGAGAAGAGGACCUUGCCUAUUACCUGAGGAUAGAGCUACUUGAGAAGAGGUACUUUGUUGUUCUUGAUGACUUACGGAACAUAGAUGAUUGGAUUUGGAUCAAAUAUAUUGUUUUUCCUCUUGGUAACAACAAAGGUAGCCGGAUAAUAGUAACGACACAAAAUGUUGACUUAGCCGAGAAGUGUAAUUUGGAAUCUUCCAGAUCACUUAUCUACCACCAUCAAUCCCUAGAAACAAUUGAUGCUAUAAGGUUACUGCUAAGGAAGAUGAGGAGAAGUGAGGAAGACAUGAAAAAUGAUAAGAACAUGAGGCAAAUAGUUACUAAGAUAGUUAAAAAGUCUGGACGGUUACCCCUAGUUGUACUCACACUAGGAGGCAUGCUUUCCACCAGAGUGGUUACUGAGUGGCAAAGUAUUUAUUACCAGCUUCCCUUGGAGCUAGAGAGCAACCAAAGCGUUCAAGCAAUAAAGAAGAUGAUUAUCCUGAGCUACAACCACUUGCCUUCUCAUCUUAAGCCAUGUUUCCUAUACCUAAGCAUAUUUCCCAGGAAUGUUGAGAUCCAAAUAAGGCAUUUGAUAGAUAGAUGGAUAACAGAGGGAUUUGUCACAUCUAGGGUUGGAAUGGACAUUGAGGCUGUCGCGAUGAGCUAUUUUUAUGAUUUAAUUAAUAGAGGUUUGAUUCAACCGUCAAGAGUAAAUGUAGAAGGAAGGGUCAAGAGUUGUCGAGUCCAUGGUGUCAUCUCUGAUAUCGUGGAAUCCAUUUCAAGAGAUGAAAAUUUUGUAUACCUUACAAGUGAUAUUGUAAGAAGAGCGCCAGAGGAAAACUUCCGCCAUGUAGCACACCAUGGUCAGAAUUGCCCGAAUAUUAGCAUGGAUUGGAGUUAUGUUCGAUCCUUUACUUUGUUUGGUAUGCUUCCCAUGGAGCCAGUAUGUUCAGCUUACCUAAGAAUGAUGAGUGUCUUGGAUCUUCAAAGUGCAAAAUGUAGUAUCACACAAAAAGAUAUCAACAACAUAGGGUUGUUGCACCGCUUGAAAUAUGUGAAUGUUCGAGGACAUUUAAAUAUUUGUGCACUUCCAGCAUCCAUAGGGAAACUGCAUGGCUUACAAUAUUUGGAUGUCAGAAACACUUCCAUCACAUCAUUACCAACUGAGAUCAGUAAACUCCAUAGUCUAGUUAGUCUUCGUUGUAGCAAUGAAAAAAUUCAUCAAGAUGGCCCAAAGGAAGGCUUGAUGCUCACACUGUGCCUGCCCAUGGUAUCCAUAGCUUUUGGCUGUUCUGGUUUCCGUGCUGAGUCAGGGGGUGUGAUGGUGCCAAGAGGGAUCGGUGAAUUGCAAGAGUUACAGAUCUUAGAGGUGGUUGACAUCAGACGAACCAGUAGCAGAGCAAUUAAAGAGCUGGGGGAGCUUAUGCAGCUAAGAAAACUAAGUACUGUAACAGCAGGGGCCACCAUGCAAAAAUGUAGGGUACUUUGUGCAGCCAUUGAGAAGCUAUCUUCCCUCUCUUCUCUUCGUGUAGAUGCUGGCACAAGCUCUCUCAAGUGGCUACAUUAUGGUUCAUCUCCUCCCCACCUCUUGAGGAGCCUUAAGUUGGUUGGAUGUCUUGGAGAAGAGAUUUCCAACUGGCUUGGAAGUCUAAUGCAUUUAGUGAAGAUUCAGUUGGAGCAUAGCGGACUAAAGGAUGGAGGGAGAGUGAUGCAAGUACUAGGGGCACUGCCCAAGCUUAUGCUCCUUGGUCUUUCUGGCAUGUCCUAUGUUGGAGAGGAGCUAAUCUUCAGAGCAGAAUUGUUCCCGAGUCUCACCAAACUAGAUAUUUACGGCCUUCCUGGACUGAGAAGGGUGAUAUUUGAGGAGGACACCUCACCCUGCAUAGAAAGGAUAGAAAUUGGUCGUUGUUGUUUGCAAUCUGGGAUAAUUGGUAUCAAGCAUCUUCCAAGGCUCAGGAGUAUUUCACUUGGUCAAGGUUGCCGAGUCGGAGGGCUUGGUGAGCUGCAAGGGGAAGUGAAUGCACACCCCAACCAUCCUGUGCUGCAGCUGCUGUUGGACAGGAGCUACCACGACCUGGUUGAUGUCGCAGAAUGCUCGAAUGUUGUACAAGUGCAAGAAGCAACGAUGCAAUCAUCUCAUUUUCUCGAGCCUGCGGCAGUGGGAGAGAGCUCCACGCAGGGGAGCAACAGACAAGUCAGUGACAUAGGGGAGGUCGAUGGAUCCACUGUAGUGGAAGAUGAUUUCUGCUCCUGCAAUUCCGACGACGAAUAUGAUGAUGCUUGAUGAUCGAUCGAUGCUGCUCAUUUCUUUCUUCAGCUCCACCUCCAUUAUUGCUGCCUCUCCAACUGCUCCUGGCGCUGGUCCUGAA